GGGGCGGGGCGGCGCGCUCCCGGAAGUGGCGCGUUACGUCGCUGUGCGUGCAGGCGGCUGCGUCGGGCUGCAGGAGAAGAUGGCGGUCUCCACAGGAGUUAAAGUUCCUCGUAAUUUUCGCUUGUUGGAAGAACUUGAAGAAGGACAAAAAGGAGUAGGCGAUGGUACGGUUAGCUGGGGCCUUGAAGAUGAUGAAGAUAUGACACUUACAAGGUGGACAGGCAUGAUUAUUGGGCCACCAAGGACAAAUUAUGAAAACAGAAUAUAUAGCCUGAAAGUAGAAUGUGGACCUAAAUACCCAGAAGCUCCUCCAUCAGUUAGAUUUGUAACCAAAAUUAAUAUGAAUGGAAUUAAUAAUUCCAGUGGAAUGGUGGAUGCACGGAGCAUACCAGUGUUAGCAAAAUGGCAAAACUCAUAUAGCAUUAAAGUUGUACUUCAAGAGCUAAGACGUCUAAUGAUGUCCAAAGAAAAUAUGAAGCUUCCACAGCCACCAGAAGGACAAACAUACAACAAUUAAUUUUAGUGGAUCUCAAACUUGUCUUAAAUCAACAGCCUUCUACUCAUGUUAAUGUCUUGAUUAAAUAUCACAAUGCAAAAUACCCACACAUUAAGUAAAAGAAUUCCAGCUGGUAAACAUGACCUGGACAUUUGUAAGAAUAUAUUUAAUACAUGUACACCAUUAUGUUUUCAGCUUACAGGAGGAAAAAUGCAGCACCAUUUUUUUUCUCUUGUUAAGGCACUGUCAUUUAAGCAUAAACCUGGAGUACUCAAAAUAGAAUUCAGGUUUACAAGAUGAAAGCAUGGAGAGAAGAGUCAGAUGCUGUGGAAGCAUGUGUGUUUCUGAAAAGUAAAAAAAUCUCAAGAAGGAAAAACAGAAAUGGCAUGCUUUAUCCAUCUUGCUUAGCGAAAGAGCUUCAAGUUGAAAUUGUCUAAAGUAGCAGGUACAAUGAAUCUUGUCACAAAUUGUGUUAAUUUUUGAAGCGGUGUGGGUGCUGACUACUAGUAGUAUCAAAAAUAUGUUCAGGAUUGUUUUGAUACCUGUAUUUAUGAUAAAAAAAAUGUCGUGGGGGAGGCCGAUGAGUAUCUGUUAAAAGCCGUUCCUGUGUGUUACAUGUAACAGACAUGGUAAAUAUUUGUUUACAGUCUUUGUUUGACAAACCAUGCAUUUAAGUGAAAUCAACAAAAAAAGGAAAUAGGUGUAUGGAUAUGUGAUUUUGAGAUUAAAGUUAGUCUUAAAAUGUAAAUAAAAUGUGGAACGUGUCCUCAGAAACCGUGCCAUUUCUAUUAUAUUGAUGUGGUAUAUGUACAGUACCUUGCUGAGGUAGCAAAAAUUGGAAUUAUUGUAGCUAUUCAUCUAUAAACACCUUUUAUUAUUACUCUAUUUUGUAUACUUCUUGUGAAUUGGAAUUUGCAGAGUAUCUCAGAGAACAAAAUACCGAAUUAGUUUAAUUUCUUCUUUGGAGAAGGAGGAAUCCUGGCUAUUAUAUUUUGAAUUUGAGUUUACCAGAAAUAUUAUUUAAAAAUGUUUGAAUUCUAGCAAUUCUUAUAGAAUUACAGACUACAGAUGAUCCAAGUACACAUUCCAUUUUUAAUUCUUUAGUUUUCUGUGACGUGUCUUCCCCUAGUGCUUUUAAUACUUACUAAUUGGGAUUAAUUGUAUCCAGUUUUCACUUAAUCUCCACUUGGGCAGACGCUAAUUUUGACCUGAAAGUUCAUUUGUGUUCUGCCUUUACCGAAAUAGGCUUUAGGUCACUUUUUCAUUUCAAAGCACUGGGUAUGCUACUUUGUUAAAAAUACUCCCUUCUUAUGAAUUCACUGCAGAAAAUAGAAAGGUGGUCAGGUAGCAAGGACAAAUUUCUCAAAGGUGUCCUGACAUGUUUUUAUCAGUUCAUUCAAAGUUAAAGAUCUGGGCUACUUUUUCUUGAUCAAUAAUACAUAAAAGUCAGUGACAGUUUGUCUAAAGUUACUAAUUUCAACAUGGCUAUUCUUUUUCAUUAUCAAAAGAGGUUUAAAAUGCUUUCAAAUGACAGAUAGAAAAUAUAUACACACAAAAUAGUGCAUGUAUAAUUUAUUAAAGUAGGUUUGAAAUGAAUUCUUACCUUGGAGUACAUUCUUAAAAAUUGUAAAUGGUUGAAGAUGAACUUGAAUUACAAUGGCAUCAUAUGCAAGACCAUUGCCAAUGGUCUGAAUCAGUUUAACUCCUUUUCCACUUUGAGAAUGUGUCUUGUCACACAUGGGGGCUAAUAACCAUUUGAAUGCUGUUAAAUAAUUUAUAUAGUGGUGGGCUGAGAGUCUGAGUACUUGGUCACUUGUCCUUUUCCCUUUUCCCAUAUCCACUAUUGUGAAGGGUUUCUUCUCUCAAGUAUAUGUUGUGUGAGUCAGCCCUAGAAUGUUAAUUUCCUCUGUUUUGUCUUUGGGACUGUGGAUCUCUGCAGAAAUCUGCAUGCCAAUUAGCCAGUUCCCAAAGCAGAACCCAUUUUGCAUGUCACAAUCAAGAUAUACAUGGCAAUCUAAGACACACUGGUUGAUUAUGGAAGGAGCUAAUGUAGAGCUGCUCUUAAUUACAGUAACAUUUCUAAGGCUGCAUUUUUGAAGCAAUUUUUCCUUUGUUUUCUAAAGUGGCUAAGGUUGUAGGAAUGUGUGGUAUUAAAUGAACUGUAAAAUUGCCUUUGAAACUUGUUUAAAAGGCUAGCAGUUGUGACCCUAGGGGGAUGAUCAUAUAUUAAUAAAGAUUACAAAAAUAAAAUUCUUGUCCUGUUA